GCACAGAAAGGUUCUAUUUGUGUUUCACUAAACUCAGUCUGCCACAACACACGAAAGGAAGGUUGCAGUGUAAAUUAAAAAAAGUCAGUUACCCGCAAAAACCCUAAAAACCGUCCCUUCAGUCGUACACGAGUGUGAAAUCAGUGGCAGUGUGUGUUCACAUCAUGUUUCUGGACGCGGCGGCCCCCAAACAACGGAUUGUUAUGUGAUUUCGCUAUACCAUAAUGGCCGGCCAUGUUUGCCGGAAGGAGGCGCAGGUCGUCCAACAUCCGGGUGAUGCAGUUGUUCCAUGAGCUGAAGCAACAAUUCCCAACCGUUCCCGAUCACGUAGUGAGCGCUUGCAUAGCGACCCACGCCCAUUCAAAUUCGCCCAGCAAAGACACUACCAUCCGCGAGAUCUUAGAAGCGGCAGCCGCCCUCAACCAACAAGAGCCGAUGGGACGUUCUCCACCACCCUCCCAAGAACCACCCACCCUCACCCACCCCUCGUCCCGCGAUUCGGAAGAAGCAACCGCGACAACGUCAACCGAACGAAACGAAAUGAACGACAGUGAGAGUGACAUUAAUCGAAAUGUUGUGAAGUCGACCGGUGUUACGUUUUCGAAAAAGUACGAGUCGGUCAGUGUGUGCACGUCCCAGAAGACGUCGCAGACGACGUCCACGGGCAAGAGCACCUUCUUCGUCAAGCGACCAGACAAGUUGGACAUCAGGCCCGACUCGGACUUCCCUCCGCGCCACACCAUCCAGCUGUCCGAGAAAUGCAAGGACGUGUACAAACUCUUGAACUCGGAUAACGUGAGUGAUAAGCCGCCGAGGUCGCCGAGCACGUACAAGCGCCUCUCCGCCACCCCCAAGGGCUCGCCGACGCGGACCCAGGACGCGAGGUCCCCGCUGGCCUCUCCGGAGACCGCCAAAAGACUGCAAGAGGAAGGGCGGAGGAAGGAGACGGCGUCCACGCCGACGCAGACCACGGACACGCUGCUGGGCGGCAACAGCGUCAACGUGUCGCUCAACGUCAACUGCUCGAUGGACGUGGUGCAGAGCCCCACGAGGCGCCGGUCCGUGAUGCAGGUGACGCCGGAGCAGCCCUGGCUGCAGGAGCCUUCUUCCCCGAGGAGUUACACGAGCGUCAACCUCACGCUGAGACCGCCCUCGUCGGAACCGCAGCCACCGAUCGACAUCACUUCCCAGAACUCGAGUCUGACGUAUUCGACUAGCAGCUUCGACUCGCAAAAGGGGCUGCAGAGUCGGCUGCAGAUCACGGUGGGGCCAGGCGGAGGGAGCGUCUCGGCGACGAGAACCAGGCCGAGGAGCAGUUACCAUCCGGAGGGGAGCGUGGAGGAGGUGGUGCCCUAUAGGGCCGGGUCGUUGAACAAUCUAGCGGCGGCGAGUGAGCCUCCAGUGAUACUGAAGCAGCAGGCACGGAUCGAAAGACUUAAAAUCGAACUCCGGACGGAGAAGGCCAAGUUGGAGGUGAUGCAGAACGAAGUUGCCGAUCUGGAGGGAAAUCGUGUCAAACCAAUCGAGUACAAAAUCGACGCGGAAGUGGAGAAGCAGCUGAGGAGAGAGAUCAAGCAUUUGCAGUACCAGUGUGAACAGCUGGCACUUGAGGCUGAUAAAAAUGCACCCGUCGACAUUCAAGAAGACUUCUACCACAACAUAUACACGGGUCAGAGGGGUCCCCUGAACAUAGAGGGGGGCUCUCGUGUUCGGAGGCUCGAGGGCCGGUACACCCAGCCGCCUUUGAGCGCGUUUCAAGACAACGAGGGUCCUAAAUGGAAUUGUCACUUGUGUACAUUCCUUAAUCAUCCAGACUUGGAUAAAUGUGAACAGUGCGAAAUGCCUAGGAUAUUACACGGUAAAAGUCCUUCUAAUCCGAAUAUUAACUACAACAUCCAGCAACCCCGCCCCACUAACUACAACCUAGUGCCGUCGUACAGUCUUCCAAAUUUUCACGAGACGAGCAGACCGCCGAUGGUGGUCAAUCGGCCCAUCGGAUUUCUCGUCGACAACGACCUACGUUACGUUGCUCAAAAUUUCAAUAAUUGCCCGCAGUUCACUAGGCCAAAUUGAAUGGCUGUGAUUGUACCUCUCGAACUGUGAUACUGACAUUCUAAAGCGUGUUGUUUUAUUUUGUAUUAGAUUUUUGAGAGGGUUUGGUACCUUAAUAAUAAUUGUAUCAAUUGUUGAUGAAUAAAAUUUAUGCAUUGUUCUAA